AUGCAAUAUGUUAUUGGAAAAAUUGCAUGGUUUAUGCAAAAAACUCUAAAUACAACUGCAGCUGAAUCUAUGAAUGCAGCUGCAAAUAUAUUUGUUGGAAUGAGUGAAGCACCAUUAAUGAUUAUGCCAUUAGUACCUAAAAUGACAACAUCGGAACUUCAUUCUGUAUUAGUUGGUGGUUUCGCAACAAUGGCAGGAUCUGUUCUUGCAACAUUCAUAUUCUUUGGUGUUCCAGCAAAUCAUUUAAUUGCUGCGAGUGUCAUGGCUGCACCUGGAGCACUUGGUUUUUCAAAACUUUUAUUACCUGAAACACAUCAAUCAAAAACAACUUGGGAAGCUAUGAAAAAUACUCCAUUACCAGAACAAUAUAAUGUUAUUGAUGCAUUAUUAACUGGUGCAGGUCGUACAUUAAAAAUUUGUGGUUAUUUAAUUGCUAAUUUAAUAGCAUUUAUAAGUGUUCUUCAUUUUGCGGAUACUACUAUCUCAUGGAUUUUUAAUCUUAUUCAUUGUCUUUUAGCAUCAAAACUUAUUGGAAUUAAAGUUAGCUUAAAUGAAUUUAUUGCCUAUCAAGAACUUGGUAAAAUUCGUCAAUUACGUAAUGAACUUAUAUUAAAUCAUACAUUUCCAUUAUAUUUAAAUGGAACAUUAAUAUUACCUGAAGAUAUUCCAAUGUUAUGGAAUGAUAGUUCAAUAGUUAUUUUAACUUAUGCUUUAUGUGGUUUUGCUAAUUUUGGCUCGAUGGGUAUUGCAUUAACAACACUAGGAGUUUUUGCUCCAACAAGAAAACGAGCUAUAACUAAAAUUGCACCACGUGCUUUAAUUGCUGGUAAUAUGGUUUCAUUAAUGACUGCAUCAAUUGCUGGUUUAUUGUAUGAUGCUCGGCAUGCAACAGUACCUAUAUUAAAUUUAAAUUCUACAGUUGUAUAA